UAGUUACCUUAAACCGUGAUGACAACAUUGAGUAAUAUAACCAGAUUACAGAAUACAACAUUUAUUAUAAUAUUGGUGACUAAUGAAUAUUAAUAAUUCUCGUCUUGUCUUUUGAUUAUACAAUCAGUAUCUGUGGUGUUGCUAAACAAUAGACAUCAAAUUCAAUUUAAAUAAGAAGUAAUCAAUGCUAAACGCGUAAAAAUGGAUAAUAUGGAGGAGGAAAUAAUUUAUGCCGAUGAAGAAGUUACAGAAUCUAUUACAGAUUACAUAUGGAAUUUUUUUAAAUUUGUUCAAAACAAUGGAUGGUACUUCAUGGCUUUCUUAAUAUUGUUGGCAUAUUUAGUCCCUAAAUUAUGGCCUCAUUAUUUAAAGUGGUUAGAACAACGAGCAGUAGCUGCGUACGAUGCUGACAUUAAAAAAAAUCCAGAUUUAUAUAAACAAAAACAAGAAGAAUUACAAAAAGCUAGAGCUAAAUUCCAAGAAGAAUAUGAAAAAAAGGCUAAAAUAGCACUUGAAAAACAAAAAGAAAAAGAGAAAAAAAUAUUAGAAGAAAAACAAGCAUUAUUAAAUAAUGGAAUAACAGGACAGUCAAUGAAUAGUUCUGAAAAAUCAAAAAAAUCAAAACCAGAUUACAAUCCUUUAAUGGGAUCAGGCAGUGGUUCAAAUUAUAGACCGCCAAGGAGAAGUGCAUGUUCUAGAGGAGGAUGUGGAUAAAAAUGGAAAUACUGAAAAAUAAAUACUCUAUUCAAAUGAUUAACAUCUAUGUAAAAUUUAUAUUUUAAAAUAUCAUUAAUGUA